AGAGAGGGCGUGGUAGCUUGGACACAAGAUGGCAAACUACGUCGACUUAAAACCUCGGAAAGAACUGAUAAACCCGCAUUUUGAAAGUUAUAAAUUGUCGCUCGAUCCGCUUCCUAUCUACAGUCAAGAACUCGAGAAAUCACUUGAUGUCAGCAUUCUGACACAGGAUCAGCUGACACUGCAUCACACCAAGCUAUUUGGUGCAUAUAAUCACCUAGUACAAGACCCAUGGGUAGACAGAUCAGUCUACUUCAUUGACACUGAUUGGGCUGUGCAGAAUAUAUUUAUUCAUGAGACGGGAAAAAUACAUGGUGGAUUUCGUGUAUUUGAAAUUCCUGAGGCAUCAUCAUACAGAGAAUGCACAGGGCGGCUCAAUAUUUCUCUUUGCUUUUCCAACCAAACAUUUGCGGUUCUGGCAGAUGGGGCAGGCAGACUUUUCCUUCUUGAUACCGGGAUGCGUGGGCACAAAAGAACACAGUGGAAUGUACUCUAUAAAGACAAGGUUUUGGGAGAAAAUGUAUAUUUUACUGUAGUUGAUUCCAUUCAGUAUACUUCUACCACUAGUGGAGAAAGUGGCAAUGCUGUGGAUGUUGUAGAAUGUCUUCUGGCAAGCGUAGAGGUCAGGCAGGGUGAGAACAAAUAUCCUGUAAAUCGAACCAUUCUGACCUGGAUAACGCUUACAAAAGGAGUAGAAGAGAGAUGGGUUGUAACAAGAACAAGACGAUUAGAAGGAUCACAACCUUUCAGCUAUGCCAGCAUCGAGAGAGGAGGAGGUGCAGUGACUGUUGCCAGUAACCGUCUAUUUGACUUGACAGCAGAUUCAUUGAAGGAUGUGAUAUCUGGAGCAGAAAGCAUGGAAUGGGAAGUGAGCCAAGGGAAAGGAUCUGCUCAUCCAAUGUAUACAUGGAGCCAGGGACCAGAGGAUGUAUCUGUGCAGCUAACACUGCCUGCUGGUGUGUCAAAGGCAGACAUUUAUGUCUCUGUGGCAAGAGAUUAUAUUGAUAUAGGUGUCAAAAAUAGUCUGGCUUUGCUAAGUGGCUCACUUUCAAAGACUGUUGAUGUCUCAGCAAGUACCUGGACCCUUGAAGGCCAAAGACUGGAGCUGAUCCUGACAAAGGAAGAAAAAGGCAUGUGGGAGACCGUUGUUGUUGGUGACAAUCGUGGUGAAAUGACAUUUGAUGAAGCCACUGUUGCAGCCAUUCAUGAACGAUUGCAGCACCUUACAUCAGACCAAUGGAAUCCUGACCCAGACUUAAAGAACAAGCCUUUCAAUACUCAACAACUUGAAGCUUGCGAUGCAGUGGAUGAUGAAGAGUGCAUCUAUCUCAUGCGUAUUGAUGGGGAAACUCACAGGAUUUCACACCAGGCAACAAUCAACUACAGUCUGUUAUUUAUUGCCCGGCUGGAUGCAGAGAAGGCACCAUCACUGUGUCUGCGUCAUGACGUGGAUGGACUUUUGUGGCAGCCAGAAGUGAUACCCUUAACUGAUGGGGAUUCUGGCAGAAGAACUUGCCCAUGGCAACAUGUUGGCACACUAGAUGCUUUUGGUUAUGUUCAGGCAUCCAAGACACAACGCAGUUUCUCUGGCUGUGCCCCAGAUUUGUCACUGGCAGUGAUUGCAGACUGUUCACGACAUGUUUAUCUUUAUCGACAGAAUGUGCCUACUGGAACCCCACUUCGCAACAGACGCACUGGUCAGAAUGUCAGCAACAUUGCCAAACAGUAUGUUGUGGCUCUUGAGCCUCAUGACUCCAUUUUGGGUCUUUGUGUCAGCAGGGACCACAUAGUUAUUGCAACUGCCUCAAAAGUAUAUGCCUUGGCAGUACCACAAGAUGCAUGACAAGUGGAUUGACAUCUUUGGUUGCUUUGGUUGCAGCAUUGUGGAGAAAAUAUUUCUUGUUUAGCAUUUUUAAGUGUAAGUGAAACAGACUUGAUCCAGGCCUGUGAAACAUCAAACUUCAGAUAUCAUUAUGUUGCUUCAGAUUUGCUUUGCAAGAAUUUGCAUUAGUGAUGGCAACUAAAUGAAUUAAAGUAUGAUGUUCAUUUCCUUUUAAUUUUGAGAAGAAUUUAAUGUAAUAUUAUAGAAUGUGGGCUUUUUAAGAGAGUAAUAAAGGGCCGUUUUUAGCUUUU